AUGUUUAUGGCAGGUCGGUUCUUCAUGGGAUUUGGAAUAGCCCUCAUUUCCAGCUCUCAAUGCAUUGGCGAGAUCUCGCCUGUUCAUCUACGCGGCCGCAUGGUCGGCUUUUUUGGCGCAUGUUUUCAGAUCGGAAGUCUCGCAAUCACAGGCGCCAUGAUCGGUCUCUCUAACCUGCCCAAGAACCAAUGCUGGCGAAUUCCGUUGAUACUCGAGGCCGUAUUUCCUGCAGUUGUCUGCCUUAUCAUCUACUUCUGGAUUCCAGAAUCGCCUCGCUCCUAUGUCAUGCAGGGCAAGCGGGAAAGAGCUAAACAGGUCGUGGCCAAGUACCACACUACUAGCACUGAUAUCAACGAGCCUAGCGUUGACAUUGUGGUGACUCAGAUGGAAGAAUCUCUCGAGAAUGACCGAGCUGACUACCGGUCCUUCUGGGACUAUCGGGUGUUCUUCACCAAGGUAGCUCGCUUCCGGCUGCUCGUGCUGGUCCUGUAUUCGAUUUUUCAGCAAUGGAACGGCGGGGGCAUUAUUACAUACUAUAUGGUCCCCGCAUUGGAGACGGUUGGUAUCAAAGGCACAAUGCAGCAGCUGGGCAUCACCCUCGGCUCUACUGCACCCUACUUUUUCUUCACAGCCAUCGGCUCGCUCCUCGUUGACAAGUUUCGUCAGCGAACCUUGAUCUUCGCAUGCCUAGUCAGCAUGAUGAUCUUUCAAACUGCUACAACCAUUACCUCUUGGUAA